UUUUAAUAUAACAGUUAAAAAAGAUGUUUAUAACAUUUUUUUCAAAUAAUAUAAUUUAUUCUUAGACAUAUAACCAAUUAAGCUUUCAAUAACCAAAAGUUAAAAUAAUUUGACUAUAGUAAAUAAAAACAAUUUAAUACAAGGCUAAAUUUCAUGAAGAUACUAUUCUGUUACUGUUUUUCAUUAUUUUUUUUAAAUACAAAUUGUCAAACCAACAAUAAUUCAAGUGGGAACCAACUUAAAGAAGAUGAAGAAAUGAAAAAGCCAUCACCACGUUUGACAAUGGACUGUAUGACCUUUCCAUGGAGCUCAGGAGUACUAGGAGAGAAAACUUAUAAAAUAUAUGGCCAUUACGUCACAACUACCUCACACUAUGUCACCAAAUCAACAACUGUUGAUCCUGUUAUUGAAAAGUUGUUAGAAAUUUUUCAUUAAAUAUUUUGGUUUUUAAUUUGGCUAAUAAGAAUACCAAUAUAUAAUAGCUUUCGGGUCCAUUCAGAAAAUAUAACAUUGUGAAUAACAUAAAUGGACAAUUUUAAAUUGUGAAUUUUACCAUUCUUUUUUCAUUACUGAUUCUGUGGACAGAAACUGUCUUUGGACGAUUAAAUGAAAUACAUAUAUAUUUAUCUUAAUACAGGCAAAUGAUGGACCACGCGUAAAUCACUUCUAGGUUUUUUCUUUUCUUCCCAUAUUCUUUUCAUUUUGCUCUUUCUUUCCUAUUAUAUAUAUAUAUAUAUAUAUAUAUAUAUAUACCAACAUCUAUCUUGGGCUAUUGCUUUCCAGUUAUCUGUUUGCACCCCCUAUAGCAUCAUUGUUGUUGUUUCUAGCUAUCCAUUGGCUGUUUGGCCUUCCAUGUGGUGUUUUGCCUUCUAUUGAGGCAUUCAUUGUAAUCAGGUGAAUUGCUCAGAGCUAUAUGGUCCGUGCCUCCAUAUCAUGAGAUGUUGAUUGCUCUGUUUCCAUGCUGUAAGCAAAAAAAUUCAAAAAUUCUAUCAGCAGCUCUUUAUUGGCCUUUAUUCUCCAUGUGUUAGUUCUCUGAUAUCAGAUCACUCCAAUAAUCAUGUAAAGGUUUUUCCUCUUCAAAUCUUUCAAUACUUUUUUUCUCGGGCAUUGGUUAGUGUUCAGAUCUCACAUCCAUAUAUUAGAACUGGCUUAAUUAUAGCAUUGUAAACCCUUAAUAUGAGAUUUUUCAGGAUUUCAAUACCUUUGAAAGAGAGAAAGCUCUGUUUGCACUAAUUAUACGCUGGUCUAUUUCUGCCCGUUGGUAAUUCAUUGAGGUUACUGUGGAGCCGAGGUAUUUGAAUUUUUCUACUCUCGGGAAUGAUUUUUCUUCUUUGCAGAUCCUGUUAUUGGGGUGGAAUUUUCACCUUAUUAUCAUAUAUUUUGUUUUGUCUUCAUUUUCUUGUAGGCUGAUUUUCUCUGCUCUAUUUAAAAAUAUAAAUAUAUUUAAAUGAAAUAUGAAUAUAAAUUUAUAAUAAAAUCAUAAGUAAUUAUAAUAGGUAAAAAUCAUAACUUAGCGAAUAAAAGAUUAAUGAGAAAAUAACCUGAGAGGAAGAAUGGUGUCAAAAAUUGUUAUAAUUGAGUUUGUUUCUCCAGGUAUUGCUAAACCUUGUACAUAAAGGACAUUAUACUUCGUGUUAAUUCUCCAUAU